GUCUUCCCAAGGACCUGCCAGCAUGGUCUCGCUCAAAAGUGGCUGACUCAAUCAUUGCCGGUCAGACUAUAGUUAUUUAUCAUGACCUUGUUCUGCGGAUCACUCCCUCCUGGCUUGAUGCGCAUCCUGGCGGAAUGUUGGCUAUUCUACAUUAUGUAGGAAGAGACGCCACGGACGAAAUUGAAGCAUACCAUGAUGAAACAACUCUCAGACGCGUCAUUGGUUUCGCUGUUGGUCGCGUCGAGAUUGGCGACACCGGAUGGGAACCCUUCAUUCCUCCUGUCCAGACUGGCUGGGUUCGAAGACAAGUUGACUCUAACCCCCAUAACCAUUCACGUUCAGAGAUCUUGCUUGUUAAAAAGCAGCCCAAAUGCGGUGACAAUGGAAAUGCAUGCGGGCCGGGCCUCUCUACAAUUACGCCUCCCCCCAGUAGUCUUUCAUUGAUUGAACAGACACAGCAUGCUCGUGCAUAUCGGGAGUUACAUCGGGGGAUUCUGAAGGCGGGGUUAUACCAAACUCCAUAUUUAGCCGGAUACGGUCCCGAAUUCGCUCGUUACUUUUCCCUGGCACUGCUGUCUUGCUUUUUUUAUUCGCGGGGGUGGUUUGUUUGCAGUGCUCUGUUCCUGGGAUUACUUUGGCACCAACUCACAUUCAUUGCGCAUGAUCUGGGACACAUGGGUGUAACGCAUAAUUGGGUUUUGGAUAGGUUAGCUGGGAUAAUCAUAGCUGGAUGUUGUGGUGGUCUUAGCAUUGGGUGGUGGGUUGAUAACCACAAUAUACACCAUCUGGUCACGAACCACCCGACUCAUGACCCUGACAUUCAGCAUAUUCCUUUCUUUGCAAUCAGUCCCGCCUUCUUUCGAUCACUGUACUCAUCUUAUUAUGAAAGGAUCAUGUCCAUCGAUGCUGUAUCGCGAUUCCUCCUCCCCAUUCAACACCGACUAUAUUACAUCGUGCUUUCUCUGGCACGUUUUAACUUAUACGCGAAUUCAUAUUGGUUUCUGUGGAAGCAGGGUUUCAAGCUCCACAAACGUCUAUGGACGUGGUGGGCCGAAAUUGCCGCUAUAGUUUCGUACUGGACAUGGUAUUGUGCCGCCGUGAAAGGUUGCGGUCACUGGAAAUCGGGGCUAGCCUUCGUUCUCGUUAGUCAUGUCGUUGCCAGUCCAGUUCAUGUUCAAAUUGUUCUCUCGCACUUUUCCCGUUCAACUGCGGACCUAGGGCCAACUGAAUCAUUUGUCGACCGACAAUUACGGACAACUUCCGACGUGAUAUGCUCGCCCUCUGUCGAGUUUAUUCAUGGCGGUCUCCAUCUACAAGUGACACAUCAUCUUUUCCCCCGUCUUCCUCGCCAUAAUCUCCGCCAAGCAAGCAUUAUGGUGAAAGAAUUCGCCAAAGAGCAGGGCCUGGAUUAUGCUGAGUUUAAAUGGGUGGAGGGGAAUCGGGAGGUGCUUGGGGUGCUUGAAAGCGUUGCGGAGCAAGCAAAGAUAUUUAGUAUCGUGGCGAAGAGCGAGGUUCAAAGCAAGAUGAAUGGGGGUGUCUUGAAGGUCGAUAGUAUCGAUGACAGGGUUCAUCCCGAUCCCAGCGUGGGUUGAAGGUGCUCAAGAAUUAAUAUUGAAGAUGGUCGCAAUCUACAUACGGACAACAGGUUGUGCGAACAGAGAAAGGCAACGGCCUUGAGCACAGACCCAAACGCCUAACAAUAUGACGUAGUGAUCAUCGGAAUACUUGGACUGAAAUGGCCUCUGAUGCCGAAGGGUCGAAA